GAGAAAGAAAAAGAAAAAACCAAAAACCAGGUGUCAAGUAACAGAAGAGCGAGAAAACAGAAGCAUUUAUAAAGAAAAAAGAAAACGACGUUAUAGUGAAGAAAAUAUAGAUGAGAUCGAAGAAUUGCUUUAUAACGCACGAAUCAGACAGCUAAAUUCAGA